AUGGAGCGAGUCACAGAGAAAGUCACAUCAAAUGGUCACGAGGCAAAGCCAAUUUUCCUCCCCCAUUGCACAUGGGAUAAAUCCGGGGACAUACUCGCCAAUUCUGGAGGUCGGUCUAUUGGACUUUUUGACGAGCUCAUCGCGUUUUUCGCCACUAUGAACAUGUACUCGUCCAGCAAAAUGCAGUUCUCCGACACCAAGGAAUACCAAGAUUUCCUGCAAAUGUAUACCGGUAAAAGCAAAACCAGGGAAACAGGUAAUUCAUAAAAAGCAUCCUUUUGUGGUUAGCUCUUGCAAAACCAUUCCAAUUGAUCUCAAAAUGAAGAAAGUGUUUUCCACAUAAUUACAUAUAGUCAUAUGUUCGUUUCUUCAGAAUCAUAAGCACUAGUUCAUGUGUAUCUAUUCUACUGAUAAUGAAACGGCACCGCAUGUCAGCAUUCUGUGUGGUUACUGUACUAAUUUAGCCAUUUCGUUUUUCUAUCAUUAUUUAGUCACCGGCAAUGCCAAUUUCAAAAUGUCUCAAACCUCCUUUACCUUGUUGGGGUUCACCCAACCACAAACUGCGGUGCCAAUCAUACAGGACCCCCAGAACAACUCAAAGGGAUUUACCUCACGAUUGCUAUGGUUUUUCCCAAAACCUAUCUAUUGCAAAAUGCAAGACACGCUGCUGACAGAAGAGGAAAAACCAGAGAUAAUGGAAUUUGAAGAAAAUCUGAGUUAGUAAAAUUGCUAAAUGUAAUUGCAUGCAGUUCAACAUUGUAUUAAUUUUUUCUUCCACCAUUAUAUAGGUUGCCUCUUUAAAGCACUUUCACCAUUUCUCCUCUUUUUAAUUGCCUAUUAUGGAACUUAAUGGGAAUACCAUCAUGUCAGUCAAAUUUCACAUUAAAAAAUCUUUUAUUCCCUCAAGAACAUUUAUAAAUAAAUGUUUAAUAAUUCACACGAAAUAUUCAUAUUCUUUAUAUUUCACAACGUUCCUUUUUAAUACACUCUGAGUUUAAUUCAUAAUCCUUUUUCAUAUUAUUAUAUGCGAUCAUAAAUAUUUUCAAUGAUCAAGCCCACUUGCGUCUCGCAAACCAAUACAAUUAAACAUUUAUCAGCAGUAACGAUUAACUAAAAUGUAAUUACGACAUGUAUUUUACUACUAAUCAUGAAGUUUGUUAAGUCCAUAAUUUCCUUUCUUACAUCUCUUGCCAGCAAUCUCUCUCAUCUUUAUUACUUUAUAUAGUCAACUUUCUGGUUGAAUUAUAUAUGGAAGGAGAACAAACUUAUGUUAUCGAAGAGGAAGAGAAGAUCACAAACGUUACUGUCAACAGAAGAGAAUAUUCUUUGUCACCUGAAGCACUGGAAAAAUUUCAGGAAGUUCAUGAUGAUUGGGAAAUGAACAUGUGCCAAAAGUAUCCAUAUGAACCAUUGAUUGGAGGUAAGUCACAAAAAAGGCAAUUUAGGCAUAAACAUCCCAUUCCCAAACUCCGACUCACACCGAUGAAGACGACAUGGUCACCCAUUAUUUUUUUGCGGCGUUGCUCCUACGUGUAAGCAUGGAUAAUAAAAUAAAUGGAUAGGAAACUACCUGACGUGACCUAAUGUUUUUACUGGGAUUGAUGGUGUGGUUGGAUGCCUCAACCUAGUUUAAAAUCAAAUUCUCAAAAACGGCAUGUUUAGCAAUAAUACAGCUAAACAUUUUAGUCAAAGAGCAAAUAAAUGUAACCACGCCAUUCUACGAUGAAAACUCUAAGUAUUCCCAGUCAAUUUUAGCAAAUAUUUCAAGCACUAAACAGUUAAAAAUACAUCGCAAAUUUCGUUAAAAUUUGUGACGCCAAUUUCGUACCUACAAAUGUAAAAAAAUACAAAACAAAGACGAAAAACAUUUACCUUGAAUACUUUGUCGUGGCUUAGGCAUGUUUUUAAAACAAUUAGACCAGUUUACGCUUCAACAUCACCCUUUUAAAGUGGAAAAUAUAGCAAAACAACAAAUAUGCCGAGAACUUUGGUAACAUUCGCAAUACGCGUGACGUCACGUUUUUCAACAACCAUGCAGUCAAUUACGUCAGAAGUUUCCUAUCCAGUUAUUUUACAAUCCAUGGUGUAAGUAAGUGUUGGCGUUAAAUUUUUAUAAUUUCAGUAAAUACCAAUAGUGGAUACUGAAUACUGUACAUUAAGUGUAAAACACCAAAAGGCAAAUGAUCACAAAAUCAUCAAAAUCGAUUGUUCCACACACUUACACGAUACAAACAACAGCUUUUGUUAACGGUAUCAACAUCAUAUUUCAGGACUAUUUUCGCGCGGGAAAUCACAGGUCCUAAGAUUAGCCAUAGCUGUACAAUCCAUGACAAACUUCAUGGAUACCUUAGACGAGGAAAAUAGUAGGAACAAUGAUAAGGACAAUGUAAAUGAAGACGAAGUAAACGACCAUGACAGUGUAAAUGACAGCGAAGAAGCAAGCGACCUAGACAGUGUAAAGGAGAACGAUGAGGAAACUGACGCCGAAGAAGUAAACGAGAACGAUAAAGAAACUGACGGCGAUGAAGCAAACGACAACGAUGAAGAAACUGACGGCGAAGAGGUAAACGACAACGACGAAGAAACUGACGGCGAUGAAACAAAUGACAACGAUGAAGAAACUGACGGCAAUGAAGCAAACGACGAGGAUGUCAACGACAAAGAUGAAGAAACCGACGAUGAAGUAAAUGCCGACGAUGAAGUAAACAACGAUGAUGAUGAUCAGAGCGACGAUGCUGAUGAACCCUUUCCUCCACUUGCGUCUUUGGAGGUCACACCAACAACUAUUCAGAUAGCUGCAUCUAUUGUCAAUUGCUCCUUGACGCAAGUUUGUAAGUUACAAUUAUUGCACACUCCGUAUGAUACUCUGCAUGCAGGAAACUUGGGCGAACAAAAUGCACUCUAGUAUACCAUGAUAUAGAAUCUGUUAAUAAGAUCUCUUGCAUCUUGUUUUGCCUACACAGGUAUAUUGACAAAGAAAGGAUUUGUUAAUGAAGCAGACGUGUUCAAUGACCAGCCAUCAACAUCAACCGGCCUUGGAAACACGAACUUGAAUAGAGAAAUCCUUUUGCAGUCAGGAGAAGUUGUUAGCAUGUCACUUCUUCUCCGGGGGUCCACAUUCCGGCGUAAAACUAGUGAUGGAGUCACUGGUAAGAAGCUGAUGGAUAAGUGCGUUGACGAUCUGCGCAAGUCAGAUCUCGUCAAAGUACACACAGUGUAUGCCAGAAAUAAGACAUAUGUAAGUAUAGCUCCACAUCACAUAUGCAUGUUUCCCUGCGAACACGUACACGAAUCCGCAACAACGAUUCACGACAGCCAUACUUAAGCAAACCUAUACUCUAUAUAGGCUUAUAUAUAGACUUAUAUAAACACGAAUGGAAGUUAGGAAAAUGACAAAUUGUUUGAAGGGUGAUUGUUGCCAUCACAAUUUCCAGUUUUCCCAACUUUUCCAACUUUCCACACUGUUUAUAUAACUCAGUAUCAACACGGAAAGAUGUUUUAUAUAUUUGAUGUUUUAUAAUACAGCACUAGGAAAUAAAUAAUAACAACUGAUAAAAUGAUUAAAAUUCAAUUAGAGAGUGGCGCAAAAUUUCCGUGCUUAUAUCAACAUGGCUCUUAACCAAUCAGUGUACAGAAUUCACAAUUUAUGCUCUAUUAUAAAUUAUAAUAUUAUUCAUAUAAUAUAUUCUUAAUUUCUCCAGGUCCAUUUUCUGCUGAAGCGAGAACCCCCCAACGACGACAGCGAAGAACUACUGUCAUUUAUCGAAAAGCUGGCGAAAAUCGGAAUUAAUAUUAAAGAGUAUUCCGACGCAUACGCAAGAAUAAAUGAAGAUAGGUAUGUCAAAUAUGUGUACAAUUAACGACCGUUGCACCAGUAACCUGCAUACUAGCCUGUGAGCAGGCUCUCAAGGUGAAAUGAGAGCCUGUACUGAUAGCAUAUAAUUUUAAAUAUCUGCGUCUCCAAUCAGUUGAAAGAAAUUGUCAUUACCAUUGGUCAGAUGCUGUAAUUUAUAUGUUUCCGUUGACCUCUAUAUAUGUCAACUGCUGAAGCACUAGGCGUAAAAACACAUUAAUUGAUCAAUUGGCCUUCUUAUCUCAAAGCACGAAAUGUUCUGUUUUGAGAAAACAGUAUUUAAAAUAUUUAAAUUUUUGCUUGAAUGUCUCAUAUUUUGAAAAAAGUAUAAACUGUACGGUCUAAAUUUAGUUUACACCAAGUUGUAAACAACACCAUAUAAGGAUGGACAUUCCACAUUUGGAAAAACGAACGUUACGGGCCAGAUAUUCAAAAUUGUAUGUCAUCACUGCAGGCUCUCAUUUCACCAUGAGAGCCUGCUUGCAGGCUAUACAAUCACGUAAAUCAUUUCGCGAUGUCAGUGUUCUUUAUAUUUGCCAUUGCAGCGAAAGACACCUGGCAGAUUAUAAGAACAAAAAAGCAAAUGAAGAUGUCUCAUGCUCACCAAGCAAACGACCAAGGUUGUGA